UCUGUGAUUUUUGUCUUUGCUGUCGCUCUUGUACAUUUUCAUUGUUUUGAAUUUAUUCUUUUUGAAACAACAAUUUAGGUAGUAAUUGUUACUUUGAGACAUUUUAUAAACCCUUUAUAUAAAUAAAAAUCUAUUAUCACAAUGACAGAUAUAAUACAUCAAGAUCAGGAACAGCAAGUUAAGAAGGUGAAACGAUUAUUAGAAGGAUGGCGUAUAGCUCUCUUGCCGCUCAAGUCUGUACUUUUGUGGGAACAGCAAUGGUACCCUUGUGCAAUUGUUGCUGCCAUUUCUUCAUUAUUCCUUGUCAUUUGGAUCCUGGAUCUUAACACCCUCGCAACAUUUGCUAUUUUUGGUUUAAUUCUUAAUUUUUUUGACUUUAUUGUCCCAGUCAUAUGUAACACUCUUUAUGGAUCAAGUUCUUGGACCGGGCAAAAUGAGAAAAUGUUUGAGGAAAUAUGUCGGAACAUUGUUAUUAGUUAUAACAAACUAUUAUACCAAAUCCGUUCCUUCUAUUCUCUCAGAGAAACAAGCCCAUAUAUGUACUAUAUAAUUUCUAUCAGUAUGCUGUGCACAAUGGCUUGGGUAGCAUCAUCUGUCAAUAAUGUGUUUCUGCUAUAUCUUCUAUCCAUUGUGAUGUUAUUGUGGCCAGGAAUUCAACACAGAGGGAUUUUCAAGACAUUGCUUUCUAUGGUCAAAGUAACCCCAAAGUUUAUCAAGGCAGAGUAAUUUUAUUAUAAUGUAGCUUUAUAGCUUUUAUAGCAAUGUGUGAUGUAUCUGGUCAUUAACAUUUUAAGUUUAAGCUUAGCUUAUCAAAUAAUGAGCUUUAAAUUUAACUGUAUGGUAUGGUAUCUCAUUAUUACUUAAAUAAAAAUACAACAGCAAUAUGUC